CAUGCCCGUGUAAUUUCUGAGAACGUCUCCAUCACUCAUCCUCAGGCCGCUAUUCUCUUGGUUCCUCACAUCUGGUCUCUUCUUCGACUUAUCGCCUCCCAGCGUUCACUUUCUAACAGCGCUCUUCGCCCUCUUCACCCGCUGUCACACGCCCCACCAUGCGCUACGCAGUCAUGGUCACCGGCCCCGCUGGCGCGGGCAAGAGCACCUUCUGCCAGGCGCUCAUCACGCAUGCCCAGACCAUUGGGCGACAAGUGCAUCUGAUCAACCUCGACCCCGCCGCGGAACGGUUCGAGACUCCGCCAGUAUUGGACAUCCGCGAUCUCAUCAGCCUCGAAGACGUGAUGGAGGAGCUCGAGUUCGGGCCAAACGGUGGAUUGGUGUACUGCUUUGAGUACCUCCUCGACAACCUCGACUGGCUGGAAGAGGAGCUUGGCGCAUACGAGGACGAGUAUCUGAUCAUCGACUGCCCCGGCCAGAUCGAGCUGUACACGCACAUCCCCCUCCUCCCACAACUUGCCACCUUCCUCGACCGACGACUCAACUUCCGCACCUCGGCCGUCUACCUCGUCGAGUCGCAAUUCAUGCAGGACCGCGCCAAGUACUUUGCAGGUGUUCUCUCCGCCAUGUCGUGCAUGCUGUCCCUCGGCAUCCCCAUGCUCUGCCUCAUGAGCAAGAUGGACUUAGUUAAGGACGCGAAGGGGCGGAUCGGGCGCGAGGUUGGGCGAUACCUUGAUCCCGAUCCGGGGUUGGUCGAGGAGGACGUGCACGCCCGCACGAAUCCCAGGUUCCACGGGCUGAAUCGCGCCGUCGCAGGCCUGAUUGAGGACCAGAACAUCGUCUCCUUCCUUCCCCUGGAUGUCACCGACGAGGACAGUGUUAACACUAUUCUAUCGCAUGUCGACAACAUGAUGCAGUACGGCGAGGACGAGGAGCCCAAGGUCCCCAAGGACAUGGACGAGGGCGACUUUGAGGAGUAGUGCGCGAGCGCGACAGUCCUUCGCCCUCUUGCUCCCCACACGACUUCACUUCAUCGACUUCAUCUUGACAUAACCAGCAUGCAUAAUAUCAACAGGACCGCCCGCCAGCAGCGAUCGCGCGCUUGCGCUGCGCUGAAAAAUAAUAACACUAGAUCUUUGUCCGCAGGCCCCGCGCAUUCAACAGCCGUUCAGUCCGGAAGCGCUCGUACACAACCUCACGGGUCGUCUGGCGCAGCCAGUCAGUUGCAUCGACGAUCGCAUUCCGUACCGCCGGCAGGUCCGAGUGUGCGGGAUCAGCCGCGUCCGCCCGGCCCCACCGGAACGCGCGCGUGAAGCCUGGUCCAGGUUCGGGCGCAAAGACGACGUACGGGAAGUCGGUGUCGGGCUCGGAGUCUCUUGCGUCGUCGCCCGAGUCGUCCUCGUA